GGUUUGUGCCCACCAAUCACUUGUACAUGAGAGACUGUAUGUCGAGCGUGACAUCGUACAGCAGAACUGUCGUUGAGGCGUCGCCAAGUGGAUGUAAAUGAGGCGAGAUACGGCACCUAGACCGUGCAAAGAUGAACACUCAUGGUCUAGGUCUGUAACGCUGCCGCCGGUACCGACCCUCCUUUUGCAUCCACGUCGCUGAGAAUGCCAUAAGGACAGUUCCAGCGAGAUUGUGCUCAACAAAGUGCCCGACAUGGACAAUAAGUUUGUCUUGUCAUUCGCGUUCUCUAGUCGACAAGUGUCCAACGCACUGUCUUCCUUCCUGGUCGGGUGGAUGCAGUUCUGCUUCGCAUGCCUAUCGGGUUCACAGCAACUCAACAGCCUUUUCAAUAAUCAUUUGAUGAGCAAACAUACUGUCUGUCGUGCCAGCCCAACAACUUCACCUUAUGCCCUUCCUACAAUUGAUAAACUACAAGUUCACAUCUUCGACAUACCUCCUCACAAGGCUCACCCGUCGAAUCUUUCAAACCUUUCGACAGACAACAAAUACCCUGCCUAUCCUGGACGUAUUACUUUGAAAUAUGUAAUCUUGGAUUACCUAUCAACAGCACAACUGGCCAUACCUCGAUGCCGUGCUCAUGCAAUAUCCUAUGAGGAGCGCCAUGCUACCAAACAAAAAUGACUCUCCUUAAAAGAUGAGCACAUUAAUUCACCAUUAGGAUUCUGAAAUCAAUGGAAAAUUAUUUGGCAAGUGACUCAAUAAGAUCCCAGAAACAACACUGAUAUUGAUAUCUGAUAGGUGAGGAUAUGCUACCAAAUACAUCUGCAAAGUUGAAAGGAAAGAGA